UUUCAGAUAUUUAUUAACAACGAAUGGCACGAGUCUACAAGUGGAAAGAAAUUCCCCACCUACAGCCCUUCAACACUGGAGAAGAUUUGUGAUGUAGAGGAAGGAGACAAGCCUGAUGUGGAUAAUGCAGUGGAAGCAGCAAAGGCAGCAUUCCAGAGGGGUUCUCCAUGGAGACAGAUGGAUGCCCUAAGCAGAGGACGACUCCUGCACAAGCUGGCUGAUCUUCUUGAGCGGGACAGAGUCAUCCUGGCAACCCUGGAAACAAUGGACACAGGAAAACCUUUUCUGCAGGCUUAUUUCAUUGACCUGGAAGGUUGUAUAAAAACACUCCGAUAUUACGCUGGAUGGGCUGAUAAAAUCCAGGGCAGAACUAUCCCAGUGGAUGACAACUUUGUCUGUUUUACCAGGCACGAACCUAUGGGUGUCUGUGGAGCUAUAACUCCAUGGAACUUCCCAUUGCUGAUGCUGGUUUGGAAGAUGGCACCGGCACUGUGCUGUGGAAACACUUUGGUUAUUAAGCCAGCUGAACAAACUCCUCUCACAUCGCUGUACAUUGGCUCACUGAUCAAGGAGGUGGGUUUCCCUCCAGGUGUGGUGAACAUAGUGCCAGGCUACGGCCCCACAGCUGGAGCUGCCAUUUCUACCCAUCACAGCAUUGAUAAAAUUGCUUUUACUGGAUCAACAAAGGUUGGGAAACUGAUCAAGGAAGCUGCUUCUAAAAGCAACCUCAAAAGGGUGACGUUAGAGCUGGGAGGGAAAAACCCCUGCAUUGUGUGUGCAGACGCAGACCUGGACUUGGCAGUGGAAUGUGCCCAUCAGGGCGUGUUCUUCAACCAAGGGCAGUGCUGCACGGCCGCCUCGCGAGUGUUUGUGGAGGAGCAGAUCUACCCCGAGUUUGUCAAGCGCAGCGUGGAGUAUGCCAAGAAGCGACUCGUUGGAGACCCCUUUGAUGCCAGAACUGAACAGGGGCCCCAGAUUGACCAAAACCAGUUUGAUAAAAUCCUGGAGCUGAUAGAAAGUGGGAAGAAAGAAGGGGCUAAGCUGGAGUGUGGGGGUCUUGCCAUUGAAGACAGAGGCCUGUUCAUAAAACCCACUGUGUUUUCAGAGGUCACUGACAACAUGCGUAUCGCCAAAGAGGAGAUUUUUGGGCCAGUUCAGCCAAUUAUGAAGUUCAAGAGUAUAGAAGAGGUCAUAAGAAGAGCCAACAGUACUGAGUAUGGACUCACAGCUGCAGUGUUCACAAAGAAUCUGGACAGAGCAUUAACGCUAGCUUCGGCAUUGCAGUCGGGAACAGUCUGGAUCAACUGUUACAAUGCGCUCUACGCACAGGCUCCUUUUGGUGGCUUUAAAAUGUCAGGCAAUGGCAGAGAACUUGGUGAAUAUGCUUUGGCAGAAUACACUGAAGUGAAAACAGUCACCAUCAAACUCUCCCAGAAAAGCCCAUGAAAGCAGAAGGCCUGAAUGUGACACUCUGAAUGUGGCACCUGGGGGACGUGUUCAGAGCAAGGGGAGGGGAAGGGAGGAAGGAAAA